UGAAAUUAUAACUGCAUAUCAGUUCUAUUCUCUUCUUCAUUCUGUUCUCCAUGUUUUUCAGCAUUUACAAUAUAAUCGCUCCUUCUCUUCCUAUCUUCAUGGAAGUGGCAUAAAGUUCAACACCCCCAGUCCCAUAGCUUGUGAAAUUAAGGUUAUAUCCAUCAUGUUAAGUUAUAGGAAAAUCCACCAUGUCCGAAGCGUCACCGCCGCAACCCACCCAUUCUCCACCAUCUCCUCCAAUGACAACCACCACAUCUCCACCAUAAACUCUAAAUCCGAACUGCUCGACUUAUACACUGUCACACCCCCAAUCAAACCCUGGCCACGAAAACUCACCCCCAAACGCCUCUGCUCCAUCAUCACCCAACAGCAAAAUCUCGAUCUCGCCCUUCAAAUCUUCCACUACGCCGGAAAUUACCACCCGAAUUUCCAUCACACUUAUGAAACCUACCACUCCAUUAUCCACAAGCUCUCCCGCUUGCGCUCUUUCGAGCCCAUACCCUCCCUUUUAAAUCAAUUACGUGGUUCACAAAUCAAAUGCGGAGAAAAUGUAUUCAUCACGCUAAUUAGGUACUACGGUCUUGCCAGCAGACCGAAAGAUGCAAUUAAAAUGUUCCUCCAAGUUAAUGAUUUUGGAGUGCAAAGGUCAGUUCGUUCGUUAAAUACUUUGUUAAACGUUUUGGUUCAGAAUAAGAAGUACGAUUCUGUGUACCUUAUGUUCAAAAAUUGCCAGAAGAGGUUCAACAUUAUGCCCAAUGUGUUCACUUGCAAUAUAUUAUUAAAAGCCCUGUGUAAAAAGGAUGAUGUUGAGGGUGCACUCAAGGUGCUUGAUGAAAUGCCUGGAAUGGGAAUGGUGCCUAAUGUGGUGAGUUACACUACUAUUAUGUCUGGAUACGUGGAUCGUGGUGAUAUGUCGGGAGCAAAGAGAAUGUUCGAUGAGCUCUUGGAUCGUGGCUGGUUGCCUGAUGCAACCACAUACACGGUUCUGAUGGAUGGGUUUUGUAAAUUGGGGGACUUUGUUGAUGCGACGAAGGUGAUGGAUGAGAUGAUGGAUAAUAGGGUUGAGCCGAAUGAUGUUACAUAUGGUGUCAUGAUUGAGGCAUUGUGCAAAGUGAAGAAGUCAGGGGAAGCAGUCAAUAUGAUUGGUGAUAUGCUUGACAGUAACUAUGUCCCCAGCUCAGCUUUAUGUUGUAAGGUUAUAGAUGUCUUGUGCAGGGAAGGGAAGGUCGAUGAAGCUUGCAGCUUGUGGAAGCUAUUGUUGGUGAAGAACUGUACACCAGAUAACGUGAUACUGAGCACACUCGUGCAUUGGCUCUGCAAGGAAGGGAAGGUUUGGGAAGCAAGGAAGUUAUUUGAUGAGUUUGAAAAGGGUUCUAUACCUAGUGUUUUAACGUAUAACACGCUCAUUGCAGGCAUGUGUGAUGAAGGGGAGUUAUGUGAGGCUGGGAGGUUGUGGGAUGACAUGGUAGAAAAGGGUUGUCCUCCCAAUGCUUUUACUUAUAACUUACUGAUUAAAGGGUUCUGCAAAAAGGGUUAUGCAAAGGAAGGGAUCAAGAUAUUUGAGGAGAUGUUGGAUAAAAGGUGUUCUCCAAAUGAAUCCACUUACUCUAUCUUAAUUGAAGGGCUCUGCAGCUCUGGUUGUGAAGAUGAUAUACUGAAUGUUCUUGGUGCUGCUGUCUCUAGUAAAGUGGAGGUCAAAUCUGAUUCUUGGAGCAUUCUAGUUAAAAAGUUUGUUCCUGAUUGUGGAAACAUAAACGUCACUUUGGAAAGAAUUUUAUUGGAGAAUGUCGAUUAAGGUUUCCGUGCCAAUUGACUUUGGAUAAAUGCUUGGAGGUCAAUGCUCUGGUUAUGCACGUAAUGUUUUAGUGUGCAAUGAUAUGAAUAGCUUUGCGUUGUCUAUACUUUCUUUUGAUUGGAGAUAUCUGAGGCCAAAGCUAACAUUAGCUUAGUAACAUCUACCCGGGAUCAAAACAAAGACCAACUAAAACCCUUUUUGUGAUAAACUUUGACCGUAUUGACGUCGAAAGACAAUUUGAGCAUUAUGGAGGGUUCUUAAUGCAUAUACCCAUGAAGAUGCCAUAAAGGCUCUAGAAGGCACCAAUAUGAUGUAAUGAGUAUGUUAGCUUGCUUCAUCGCUAUGUUUUCCUUUCUUAACCUCUUCUUAGUGGGCUGAUAAAUUGACUUGUGAAUUUUCAGUAAGAUAUUCAAUAGAGUUGUUUCUGAUGAGUAUAAAGGGUUGAUGAUGAAAGGGGUCGCAGAUAAUGUAUCCCCAUAAGAGAUCAUGGAAGUCGUAGUAAUGAUGUGUCACUCAGUCCAGCAUGCCACCAUAGUCAAUCAAGCAAGUUGUGAUUAAGGGCCGGCUCGAGGCACAUAUUGUGAUAGGUAUGAUGGUCCUUCAGAGGGCCAGGAGUCCUGACCAUGUGCGAUUAGAAGAUGUAUGCACUGUCUAAAUGCUUAGCUAUUCUAUUGGUAGUUUUGAUAUUUUUUUGUAUCUUUUGGUUGUAUCUAAUCUUGAAAAAAAUAGAUUCUUUACAAAGUCCACCUAAGAAAGGAUGGCCUCUGCAUUAGUAUUACAAAUUAGAAUUCUCUA